UUAGAGGUGGGAGGGGUUGAUGUUGAAGAAGACGCGAAGGUGACUGUGGUGAUAGGGGUGAGAAAAAACAGUGUCUCGAGGGGAAGAAUUUUGACGUAUUCGGUGUCACGUGGGCCAUGGAAACUUUGUUUGUUCGAAAUACGUGCAAUUGUAAACGAGUAAAACGUUUUUGCGAGCUAGCUGUUGAAGCUUUUAUUGGAAUUACGUAACGAUGUUGAGUUGUUUGAAUGGUCAGCUUCAAGAGACUGUCCUCGUUUAUUGGAAUAUAUUGUGGUUACCAGCAUGAGUUUUUGGCCGCGAAGAAGAUUCCGUAUAACGCCGCUACGAGCUGUAGCAGCGUUUUGCUUCAUGGUUGUACUCUUUUGGUACAGCCUCGGUCGGCAAGAAGUUCCUCACCAACCCUGUAGUGCUCCGGAAGAGUAUACUGAGAAACUGCAUGAGCUUGCCUACAGGUCACACUUGGUGCUAGCUAAACUGGGCAUCGUGCAUUUUCUGUGUUUGGGCGCGCUCUGGGGUCAAGUUCGAAUAGGUCGGGCACUGCCCUGGGCUCGCAAGGUCGAGCUCUGCCUGGUUGAUACCUUAAGGGACGAUGCUCUAAUUACGAAAACGUUUCGAGAGGUAGGCUUAAGCGCAACGUAUCUUCACAGUGCUGGAAUUUAUCGUGUCCAGGAGGAUAAGGCUGGGGAAGAUUCUCCUAAAGUGGAAAUCGUCGUUUUCGAAGAGGAUUCUGUGACUCAAAUGGUAAGAAGGGUGGGAUGGACAAGAAGGGUCCUACCACCGGAUUGCGAGUUUUCACCGAGUUUGCAGUGCUUUCCGCCUCAACUGGUGAUUCCUCCCUUACCAGCAAAACAAUUUGGUGGUCGAUUAAUGCCUGUACCAAGAGAGGGCAUCGAACUACAAAAGUAUCACUAUCCCAAUGAUUGGUGGUUGGAAAUCAAGCCAACGGAUUGCACCGAAACUCAAGAAACUAAUUCAUAGAUUGGGCCAAGGCUUCCUAUGUGUUCUUCGAAGAACUAGUGCCACAGUUUCGACGUGUCCUUUAUCAAUAAUUAGCUUUAUUCAUAAGUAUUACGCAUUUAGUUAAAUGGGGCUCUUUGAUCGCCUCUUAUUUAUUGAUAAGUAGAAUAAUAGAAAACGAGCCCGAAUUUCAGCUUCCACAUUCUAAUCUUUUUAUAUUUAUUUAUUACUAUAAUUUUUUAAGACAAACUAUCAAAACUAUAGCAUUUUAUUAUCGUUCGAAUAAAUGCAGAAAUGCGCAGUAUGCAAAUUCGCUGAAAACUUUUCCUAUAGAUUUGUAACCAAGUUAUUGAUAUAGGUGUAUAAUAUUUAAUUACAUUUUCUUCCGUAUGGCAUACAAUUUGGGAGUCACGUAUAAAAUAUUAGAAUGUAUCAUAUGGUCCACGUUGAUGAAAGUAUUAGGAAAAAAUUGCUUCGCGUUUAAAUGCCAAGCUAGAUGAUCUCAGUAAUUAUAUUAUUAUUGUCGAUGGUAUUCUGCAAUAUUUUUUGAAUACCGAGCAUUAAAUUAGUGCAGCCUAUCGCUUUAAAAUCGUAUCCAAAAUUAACAUAAUAUGCAAUAUUUAUCGCUUAUUAUGUUUAAACGUAUCUCUACCUGUUUUUUUUUUAUUUAUAUAAAUUGUUUAUACAUAUAAUCGAAAAUGUUUUAUAAAAACGUAAACAUUUGUACUUAAAUGUAUCAUGUGAUGUAAGAAUAUUUAACGAUGUAUUUGUACAUCAAACUUUUCUUCCAAAAGUUAAAUAAAAUAUACGAUAAUAAUAGUUCAGUCUUUUUAUUCAAAAUCUAUCAAACAAAAUCGAAAAAUAGUAUAUUGUUAUAAUUGCUGAAGAAGAAGUCCUAAUAAAAGAACGAAACGUACAACACAGGAUCAAAAAACUAUGUUCUGAUUUUUUUACCUGCCCAAUUUUCCUACAAUACAACAAAGUUUUUAAGUAUUGAGAAGGUUAAUCAAUAUCUAUAAGUAUUAGAAUAAAUUAUUAUACGCUGUCAUGAAUUAAUAUAAUGUCAAUCGAUAAUGUUCGUUCAUUUUACUAACACCGAAAUAAUCUAAGAUUAUUUUCAAAUUGGACUGAGAGUAUUUUUAUGAUCAUUUAUUCUCGUUUAUUUUUUUACGAUAAAGGAAACGAACAGUAACAUUAUAGAUACAGUUUCAUUUUCGAUGAUGAGAAAAAGAUAUUCAUGUUUCUGGUUCUUUAAUUAUCGAUCGUAAGGCUCUCAGUAAGUUUAAUCUCUCUCUUUCUCUUACCCAACGUUGAUUCAUUCCCUAUUUCCUAUUCAUCGUCUCCAACGUUGUGACAUCGGAGAUGCUCUCUCACCGCGACUUUUCGAUCGGUUCGGUCUUUUCAAAACUACAUGGAAGCGAACUGAAUCGGAAAUGAAAAAGCUUUUCCUUCGAGACUCGACAAUCCUUUUGCUUUAUCAUCCAUCAAGAACCGAUUUCAAAGCUUGCCACGUCGUCUCGGACUCUUCCUUCCUUAAAGAUAUUUCUUUUCAAAUGGACACUCUAUACUAAAACGUUUGAAAGAGAAUUGCUAUUGCUGCUCGACGAUGAUAUAAUAAAAUCGUAACACAUUAAAAAAAAAAAAAAAA